AUGCUUUCUACAGAAGACUUCAAUCAAUUAUAUAAAGAAAUAGACAGUGAUUACGGCACAAAAUUUAAAAAGCGGAUACAAGUUUAAAAAGUAGAAAAAGAUGGAUAAGAAUUUAUUGCAUUUGAUUUAAAAUAAUUAAAGUUAGAUAAGCUGAGAGAAAAAAAAUUAAGAAGAAUGAAAUACAUUGGUCUCAAACAACCAGAAUUAUGUAUUAUAAAUGAGGGCUAGUAAAUUUUAAUAUUUAAAGACAUAUUAAAUUAUUAAUUAUCUAAAGAAAAGUUAAUAGAAUAUGGAAAAUAUUUAUAAAGAAUUUUAAUAUAAAUAGUUCUAGGUAUAUUAAUUAUUAUUAAAUAAAGCAUAUAAUGAAUUUGAAAAUAGAAAUUUAGAGUGGCAAAUAAGCGAAUUAAAUUAAAUAUAUUUUUUCAAAGGUAUUGUAUUAUUUUUAAUUGUUGACUAUGUAUAAAAUAAAAACAAAAAUCAUAGAGAACAACUCUUUUAGAAUUUAAGUAAAUGUUCUUUAUAUUUUAAGUCUUAUAAAAUUUCAAAAAUUAGAUCCCUAAUCGUAAUGUUAUGUUAAAUUAAUAAAACAAUGAUAAAUUUUAAUAGUUAAUUGAUUACUUAUUUAAUUAACAAAAUAUUCCCUCAGGAUAAUUUGGAGUUGAAGCUUCUUAUGAAUAAAUAAUCAAAUGGUUAUUUAAUAUUCCAAAUAAUGCUAAAGUGCUUUAUUAUAAUGCCUUUUGUAUUAUAAAAUAGUUUUAAACACCAGAGGAGAUAAAAGAAAUAUUACCAAAUUCAACUUUAUAGAUGAUUUUUAAAUAAAAAAAGAAUUAUUUCAAGUUUAAGUUUUAUAAUGAAAUAAUUUAAAAUAUUGAUAGAGAAAUUAAAAUAAUGGAAAAAAAUAUUGAAUAUAAAUAAUUAGCAUAUUGUUCUUGCUAUUUUAGAAUUUAUGAUAAAGCAUUUAUAUUUAUGAAACUCUAUAAAUAUACCCUUAGUGAUAUUUUCAAAUUUUGGAAGGAUAACAAACCAAAAUUUUACAAAAGAAAGGUUUAUCACUUAUGUGACAGCUUUUCUACUGCCAUAUUUGAAUUAGAGAUGUCACAUUUAAUUCAUAGGGAUUUGAAACCAUCAAAUUUAUUUUUAUAAGAUUGGAAUGAGGAUGAUCCUGAUUUGUUGAAUAAAUUUUAAAUUAUUAUUGGAGAUUUUGAUAGAUCUAAAGAACUUGACUUAGAAUAAUAAAAAUUUAUUCAGGAUUAUGAUAGAACUCAAAAAUUUAUUUAAAAUAAAAAUAUAGAAAUGACUGAAUUUAAUAGAGAAAACACUUAAUAAUAUGAUCCACCAGAAACAGUAGCCACUGAAAAAUAUGAUAUUUGGCAAUAUGGUUUAAUAUGCUAUACAAUUGCUAAUAAAGGUUAAUUUCCAGGCUGUUAUGAUGGAGGCAGAGGAUUAGAUGAUUAAGUUUAUGAUUCAUAUUAUUCACUCGAAAAAAUCAAGACAACAUUAACACACACAGAUUAUGAAGAAGAAUUUCUUUAGAUGAUUGCUAAUUGUUUGAAAAAAAAUCAUUAUGAAAGACCAUCUAUAGAACAGAUUCAUUAAACAAAUAUUAAAUUAUAUCUUUAAGAUUUAGAAAAAAAUUCUGAAGAAUCCUUUUCGAAAAAUGAGUCUUAAUUAUAAUAUUUACAAAAUUCACAAACAAGUAAAUUAAAUUAAUCAUAUUUAAGAGUAAAAAAUUAAAAUUUUAAGUGAAUCUUCUAUCUAAUAAAGUUCUUAAUGA